UUAAUCUAGCUCCUCUGCACGUUCUCUCUUUAUAUCAUUUCUAUUUUUUCUGGUGCAACUUGCAACUGCUGUUUAACUUCUUCGAUGCCUCUUGCCCCACAAUCAAGAUUCUAUAUAUACUAUUCAAACACACUUUGAUUUUCUCUCUUUAUAUUUAUCUCCCUUCUCCCUUAUAAAUGUGUACCAAAAUCUUGCUUCUUUUCAAAAUUUGUAUUAUUUAAUUAGCCAAGGUUUGAUGGAUGCAUCUCUUGCUUCCAAAGAGAAUAUAUCAGAAGAUGAAGGUUCAGAAGAGAGUGGAUGGACUACAUAUUUUGAUGAUUUUUUUGCUAAGCAAGAACAGGAGCGAAAUUCAGGUGGGAGGAUUAAUGAAAAUAGUUCUCUGGUCUCUGAUGCUGCUUCUUUUGUGGUUGAUCAGAAGAAAUUCUCUAUAUCAGGUCAAUUAAUUCCGUCGACUUCAACCUUGACAAAGUUAUCCAAGACACUGGACAUCAAGAAAAGAAACAAAGAAAUUCUGUAUGAUGAUUCUCUGGAAGACACGGCUAGUUCUCCUGUCAAUAGCCCCAAGAUUAUGCAGGUAGGAGGUAUUCCUGAUCUUCGUCUAGAGGGGCGAUCAGAUGAAAAAAGUGUUGGAACAGUUAUGGAAGGAGAGAAAAAUGUUUGCAGAGGCUUAAGGAAGCCGGGACUGUGCUUGUUCUCCAUGCCCAUGGCAGAGAAGUAUUUUGGUUAAAAUCGAUAAUAUCUCUAUGUAAAUACCUGAAGCAGCAGCAGCAGCUAGACUGUUCUGUAAAUCCGAUUGUACAUACACUUUAUUUUCAAUGCUAAUACUUCAUCCAUGACAGCUAUCUUGAAUGUUUCAACUUCAAAUUCACAGGGAACUGUAAAUCGGUUUUUUCUUUUAAUUUAUGAUUAUAAGGAGAGAA